AUGGCGGCCGCUGCCGAUGUUCGCGACAUGCUGGAUCUGCCCGCUGAGGGCAGCCAGCCGAGACCGCAUAAGAAGCAGAAAGUUGUUGAAAAGCGACCGGAGGGUAUCACUCGUGAACUGUUCGCGUUGCUGGGAGAGCGAGCGCCGCCGAUUGCGAUCAAUGAGAACAAAUACAAGGGGCGCCCGAAGCUGUUGAAUAAACUACGCGUGCGACCAUGGCGUAUGUCGCCUUUCACCAACGGAGCCCGAUCGGACGGUCUGGUCUUGAACCAUUGGCAGAGGAAGCAUGAGUCCGCACGCCAGCCUGCCCCCGAAGGAACGCAGAUGGACGUGGAUGAGCCGAAGGAAGAGGGCAAGGAGGAACCGAAGCCGCUGGAACAAGAAUAUGCGUUUGCCAAAUACAACGUCAAGGCACAGGUGCCGCGCCGAUAUACGGACGACGAAUACAACCGACUUCUUCGCAAUAACGAGUGGACGCGCGAGGAGACGGAUUACUUGAUGGAUUUGGUUACGGAGUACGACCUGCGCUGGGUGAUUAUCGCCGACCGUUACAACUACCAACCAAAAAUGGACUCCGAGCCCGAAGCCAACGCCGUAGUCCCGGCCAAGCAGGUCCGAACGAUGGAACAGAUGAAGGCGCGCUACUACUUUGUCGCUGCGACAAUGCUAGCAAUCGAGCACCCGCCCUCCGAAAUGUCCGAAGCCGAAUUCGAACUACACGAGAAAAUGCUCAAGUUUGACCCGAACCGUGAACGAGACCGCAAGGAACUCGCUGCAUUGCAACUCAACCGCACAGCCGACGAAGUCCGCGAGGAGGCUAUGCUCUUGGAAGAACUCAAGCGCAUCACGAGUAAUGAGCAGAGCUUCAUCACCGAGCGCCGGGAACUCUACUCCCGCCUCGAGGUGCCCAUCAGUGUAGGCAAUACCGCCAUGUACCAAUCCAGCCAGGGUCUAUCACAACUCCUGCAAACUCUCCUCCAAGCAGACAAGAGCAAAAAGCGCCGCUCAAUUCUUGGUCCCGAUGGCGCAGUCGCCAGCCCUGCAGGCCAAACACCCACACAACAAGGACCUCUCAAUGGCCGCGGCGAGACACCCACCGCAACCACAGCCGCAACCACAAGCAACAAGAAGGGCGCCGCCGCGCAGCCCCAGCCAAUGGUCCGCCAACUUACAGCGGCCGAAGAAACCCGUUACGGUGUACAACACCACGAACGUGUCACAGCAGGCGUGCAAUUCCGCAGCGACCGUGCGCAGAAACUCACACAGGCCAAAUCAAACGUGCAAACGCAAAAGCUGGCCAGCGCCCUCGCCGAGCUCGAGAUUCCUGUCCGACUUUUCAUGCCUACAGAGAAGGUCUGCAAGGAGUUCGAGAAACUUAUCCAAUCCGUCAACAUGCUUCUUGAAGCACGGAAGGUUGCUGAAAAGGUCGAGAGCGAGAUCCGGGUCCUCGAGGCUUCCAAGGCGGAGCGCGAACGCAAGGCGCGUGAGGCUGCUGGUGAGACUCCUGUGAAGGAUCACGAGAAUCGCCAGGUCAAGACUGAGACGGAGGAGGGUGCUGGUGUUUUGGUUCCUACGGCUGAAGGGUCUGCUGCGCCUGAGAAUGGGGAUGGAGAGAAACAAGGGGAUGGACAGAAUGCUACGCAGACUCCUGCGAAGGAUGAUGCGAAUCAUAAGAGGUCGGCUAGUGUGCUCAGUGGUGUUAGUGACAAGAGUAAUAAGCGGCAGCGCAGGUGA